UUCUGCAGUAUACAGUAGUGCUUCUUGUUUGAGAUGUCUCUCCUGUGUUCUCUUUCUGUCCUGAUGGUCAUUUUCCCACACAUGGCUUUAGGAAGCUCAGAAUUGGCAGCAUUUCAGAAUUUUAUCAAGGAAUUUAAUAAGAGCUACAAAGAUCGAGAAGAGUUCCAGUAUCGGCUGUCUGUAUUCUCCGGAAACUUGGAUGUGGCAAACCGCUUGGGGAGAGAGGACCUAGGGACGGCUGAGUAUGGGGUGACAAAGUUUAGUGACCUCACAGAUGAGGAAUUCAGUAGAAACUAUCUGAAUCCAGUUAGUGUCCUACCUCCAAGCACUUUGACAGAAUCCCGAGUAGAAGCUACACCAGUAUUGCCAUCAUGUGAUUGGAGGAAAGCGAAGGUCAUUUCACCAGUGAGAGACCAGGGCAAAUGUGGUUCAUGUUGGGCUUUUGCUUCUGUUGGUAACAUUGAGGCACAAUAUGCCAUUCAUGGAAAGCCAAUGAAUUUAUCCGUGCAGCAGGUUCUAGACUGUGGACCCUGUGAUGCUGGCUGCAAAGGUGGAUAUGGAUGGGAUGCCUAUAUGACUGUUCUAAGUGAAGAUGGAUUGGUGACCGAGACGGAUUACCCGUAUGUGGGGACAACAAAACAUUGUAUGAGUAGGAAGCUAAAUAAAGUUGGGCUUAUACGUGAUUUCAUAAUGCUUCCUAAAAAUGAGCAUGAAAUGGCUUCUUACGUCGGUAAGAAUGGAACACUUACUGUGUGUAUAAAUGCGACUUUGCUCCAGCAUUACAAGAAGGGAGUUUUCAAUCCUCGUACCUGUAGCCCAAAUCCAACUCACAUGGUUUUAUUAGUGGGCUAUGCCAGAGAUAAGGAUGUCCCUUAUUGGAUUGCAAAAAACAGCUGGGGACAUAAAUGGGGAGAAAACGGUUAUUUGCGAAUCGCCCGUGGCAAAAAUAUCUGUGGCAUCACAAAAUAUCCCUUAAGUGCCAUUGUCUCCGGAAAUCAAAGGAUUACUUGUCCAAAAUGACCGGAAUCUAUUGUAUUCUGAUUAUCUGCAUCACAAUCCUGAUGGAAAUAAAAUAAGAUUUAUGUCGA